UUUCAUUGGGGGGAUGUUCGCUUCAUGUAAUAGCCAAUCUUUAAAGAUGUGUUUGUGCUGGUAACGCAGCAACAUGGCUCAGGAAGUAGAAGAUUUCUAUGGUUGCUACCUUCUAUACUGUGAAAAUCCUAAGUUCAAGGGAAGGACUUAUAUUGGUUAUACAGUAAAUCCGACACGACGGAUUGGUCAGCACAAUAAGGGGAAAAAAGCUGGCGGAGCUUGGAGAACCAGUGGUAGAGGACCAUGGUCAAUGGUGCUGAUUGUUCAUGGUUUUCCAAAUGACAUCUCAGCUCUGAGGUUUGAAUGGGCUUGGCAGCACCCAACGAAAUCAAGACGGCUCAAGUCAAUUCAGAUGAAGAAAAAAAAUGAACACGGGUAUAAGUCACGAUUUCGUACUCUCUCAUACAUGCUCAGGACAGGACCCUGGAAGAGACUGCCUCUAACAAUACGCUGGCUUGAGCCAAAAUAUAAACUUGAUUUUGAACCAGAUCUUCUACCUCCGGCACAUAUGGCUAUAGCUUAUGGACCAGUUGUCAGUAAGAAAAUUCAGUCUCCAAAGAAAGCUCUUUUGUCGACGCAAGAGUCAAAUGCUCAAAAGACUGGCUGUGACGAUGAAGAUGAUAUCGUGGUGAUUUCGCAAACACAAGGAAGAUGUUCUGUUUGUAGUCGACAUGUAAAGAAUGAAGAUGAGGCUCUGAUGAAGUGCCUCCAUCGACAUUGCAAUAUGCUGAGUCAUAUGAAGUGUUUGGCCAAGUACUUCCUGCGAGAAUCUGACCACCUUUUACCUGUCGAGGGAGAUUGUCCAAAAUGCAAGAAAUCUCUUGUCUGGGGAGAGUUGAUACGCUACCAGAAAGGAUGCUACCAGUACUUGAAUGAGGCUUCAGAGGACGAAGACCAGCACUGGGCUGAUGAGCUUCAUGUGUCGUGAAGAUUCCAUAAUGAGGCUAUUGCAGUUAAAUGUAUCGUAUGAGGGAUUUAUACACUUGUAAUAUUUGUAAAUACAGUUCAUGGUCACAGGAUUUCUGAACUACAUACAUGUACGUGAACAUCAAAGGUGUGGACAUGUUUUAAAUAAUGUUUAUUAACGUCGGCAGUUAUUCAGUUUUAGGGCAAGUUUUGGUGUUUCUGUUUCUAAUCUAUGGGUGUUUUCA